GAACCCCUUAACGAGUCGGCCGGCGGGGGUCCAGACCUUGCACAGGGGGAAAUUCUCCAAGGAGAGUUCGUUUUCGUCUCCUACAAAGGCGGCAAGCACCAGGGCUUCAUCAAACGACACUACUUGGUCGCCAUGGCUAUGCCAGCAGAGCCUGAUCCACCUGGCAAGCGGCGGAAGAUUUGA